AUGUACAUAUUAGACUGUUUUCUAUCAGCGUCCCUUGGAAGACCAAAUGGUAUUACUAGCCGUGAUGCGGCAGAUUUAUUCGCUGAUGACGCAGAAGACGAUCAUCAAAUAUCAGAGCAGGAGGCUGUCGAAACUGCCGCGCUCCGGGCAUCAGUCCGCACCGCCCGGCUCCUUGGGGAAAUAUUGAGCUCUGUGUACGCCGAGCGCAAAAUAUCAGUGAAAUUCGUGCAAAAGUCUUCUAAGCAAUUUCAGGACUGGAAGGAUGUCUUACCAGCUGCUCUCCAUUGGCGAAAUAUAUCCUUGCCCAAUGAAGAUCCUCGCGCAACUUUGGCACAAUUACACGUUAAUUUGUAUUAUUUCCACGGAGUGAUCUUGCUCACAAGGCCGUUCCUCUUGCAAAAAAUCUUGAAUCAGGCGGGACUCCAAAACGGAAAUGGGGAUAGUGCUAGAUCUCCCGAAGCUGGAAGAAGAGGACCUCAAAGUCCUUCUGUGCAGACAGAUUCAUUCUCUGCCGCGUGCGUGCGUGCUUCUCUCUAUAGCAUUGACAUUGUUCAAUCCGCCAUCCUUAAGCGCACUCUCCCUCGUCGAGAUCCUUUUGUUAUCUACUGGCUCUUCACUGCAAGUCUGAUCAUUUUUUCCAACGCAUUUUGCACUGUUUAUGACGAUACCGACACCACUCGGGCCAUGCAAACAUCUCUAGAUUUGCAUCGUUACCUUGCGGACACUGAUCCCUUGGCCCAACGUUAUCUUCAAAUAUUGACAUCAUUCCACGACACAAUUAGCAGCAACUCAGAUUCACGGAUGGCGCCUCGGUCGUCGGCGAGUACAAACCAAGCAUUGUUUUCAAACUUCUUUGGCGAUAGGCCUCGUGUUCAGAGCCCCGAUACCCGUCAACAAGCCGCUUCAAUGCAGACAAUGGAAGCCAAACGGCGUUCGACACGCGAUGACCAGUCCUUGCAGACUGGCAGUACCCCAGCAAACGGAGAGAUAGCGCCUACUGCCAGUAGCCGCGAGCCGCUUCAUACGAGUCCUGGAAUGAGUACGACUGAAAUCUCGCCUCCGGAUUAUUCGCUUGAUUUCGAUAAUUUCUUGAGUUUGAUCAGCCAGGGCGGCGAUGCAGCAUAUCAACUCGACCCCCAAUAG